AAUCAUUGGUCGGUGAAACUUCUGAAAGUUUCCUUCAUUGUUUCAGGAGCUCCGCUCAGAGAAGGACAGCCGGGCUGCGAGCUUCCAGCCUGCGUGUGUGUGUGUGCUGCCUCUCCUCCUCCUCUCUGAGUGUGUGUCUGUGUGUGUGAGGGGGCAGCUGGUCGCUCGGCUCUGCUCGGUUAGAAAUGGCGCUGCGGGCUGCGCUGCUCUCCUCUCUGCUGCUGCUCUGCGCGGUUCGGCGGUUCGGCCUGUGCUGUCCGAGCCGCUGCCUGUGUUUCCGGACCACGGUGAGAUGUAUGCAUCUGAACCUGGAGACGGUGCCGGCGGUCUCUCCGCAGACCACCAUCCUAGACCUGAGGUUCAACAAAAUCAAGGAUUUACAGCCGGGUUCCUUCAGGCGACUAAAGAACCUCAACACCCUCCUUCUCAACAACAAUCACAUCCGGAGGAUCCCCAGGGGGACGUUCGAAGACCUGGAAAACCUCAAAUAUCUCUAUUUGUACAAGAAUGAAAUCCAAUCAAUUGACAGACAAGCAUUUAAGGGGCUUGUCUCUCUUGAGCAACUGUACCUGCACUUCAACAACAUCGAGUCCUUGGAACCAGAGUCCUUCACUCAUCUACCAAAGCUGGAGCGACUGUUUCUGCACAACAACAGGAUCACCCAGCUGGUGCCGGGAACUUUCUCUCAUCUUCAGGCCAUGAAGCGACUGCGACUGGAUUCCAACUCCUUGAACUGUGACUGCGAGCUGCUUUGGCUGGCCGACCUGCUGAAGCAGUACGCCGAGUCGGGCAACGCUCAGGCUGCUGCCACCUGCGACUACCCGAGCCGCCUGCAGGGCAGAUCGGUGGCGACGCUCACCGCUGAGGAGCUCAACUGCGAGGUUCCCAGAAUCACGUCGGAGCCUCACGAUGUGGACGUGACGUCGGGAAACACCGUCUACUUCACCUGUAGAGCCGAAGGCAACCCUAAACCACAGAUUAUCUGGCUCAGGAACAACAAUGCGCUAAACAUGCGCGACGACAGCCGUCUGAACCUGCUGGAGGACGGGACGCUGAUGAUCCAGAACACCAGGGAGACGGAUCAGGGAGUGUACCAGUGCAUGGCCAAAAAUGUGGCCGGAGAGGUCAAAACGUCCGAGGUCACGCUGCGAUACUUUGGAGCUCCGUCACGGCCCAGUUUUGUGAUCCAGCCCCAGAACACGGAGGUCCUGGUGGGGGAGAGCGUGACCCUGGAGUGCAGCGCCACGGGCCAGCCGCAGCCUCGGGUGUCCUGGACGAAGGGUGACCGGACGCCCCUGCCCAACGACGCCCGCAUCACCAUCACCCCCUCCGGAGGGCUCUACAUCCAGAACGUGGAGCAGGCUGAUGGAGGACAGUACACGUGCUUCGCCUCCAAUAAUGUUGAUACCAUACACGCUACGGCGCACAUCAUCGUACAAGCGAUCCCUCAGUUCACCGUCACGCCGCAGGACCAGCUAGCCCUGGAAGGCCACACGGUGGAUUUCCCCUGCGAGGCGACCGGCUAUCCUCAGCCGGUGAUCGCCUGGACUCGAGGGGGCAGCCCGUUACCCUCGGACCGCCGUCACGUGACCCUGCCCUCCGGCACGCUGCGCAUCACUCGGGUGGCAGCCCACGAUGAGGGCCAGUACGAGUGCCAGGCGGUCAGCCCCGUGGGCACCACGCGCACCGCCGUGCAGCUCAGCAUCCAGCAGAGAGUGACGCCUGUUUUCACGAAUGCCCCGAGGGACCUGACGGUGGAGUCCGGGCAGGACGUGCAGAUUCCCUGCAGCGCUCAGGGCCAGCCGCAGCCGGUCCUCACCUGGAACAAGGAUGGUGUUCAGGUGACAGAAAGUGGAAAGUUCCACAUCAGCCCCGAUGGUUACCUGGAAGUGAAGGACGUGGGCACGGCUGAUGCUGGACGCUACGAGUGUGUCGCACGCAACCCCAUCGGCUACCAGGUGGCUAGCAUGGUGCUAACUGUGACAGUGCCCGCCAUCAGCAGGGAGGGCGACACCUUCGUCAGCACGUCCAUAGAGCAGGCCAUCCGUACUGUGGACAGCGCCAUCGAGUCGACGAGGAGGCGUCUCUUUGACGGUCAGCCUCGCACCCCCGGGGAGUUGCUGGCUCUCUUCCGGUAUCCGCGGGACCCCUACACCGUGGAGCAGGCGCGGGCCGGAGAGAUCUUCGAGCAGACGCUGCUGCUCAUCCAGAACCACGUCAACCAGGGUCUCAUGGUGGACACCAACGGCACCGCGUUUCGCUACAACGACCUUGUGUCCCCCCGCUUCCUGGACAUGAUCGCCAACCUGUCCGGCUGCACAGCCCACCGCCGCAUCAACAACUGCUCGGACAUUUGUUUCCACCAGAAGUACCGCAGCCACGACGGCACCUGCAACAACCUGCAGCACCCGAUGUGGGGCGCCUCGCUCACCGCCUUCGAGCGGCUGCUGAAGUCCGUCUACGAUAACGGUUUCAACCUUCCACGAGGCGCCACCGACCGCGUCCAUAACGGCUACAAACUGCCGCUGCCGAGGCUGGUGUCCACCACCAUGAUCGGAUCAGAGACCAUCACCCCCGACGACCGCUACACGCACAUGCUGAUGCAGUGGGGUCAGUUCCUGGACCACGACCUGGACUCCACGGUGGUGGCUCUGAGCCAGUCCCGGUUCUCCGACGGCCAGCUGUGCGCUCAGGUGUGCACCAACGACCCGCCCUGCUUCCCCAUCCAGUUCCCGCCCAACGACCAGCGGCAGCUGCGGAGCGGCGCCCGCUGCAUGUUCUUCGUCCGGUCCAGCCCGGUGUGCGGCAGCGGGAUGACGUCUCUGCUGAUGAACAGCGUUUACCCGAGAGAGCAAAUCAACCAGCUGACCUCCUACAUCGACGCCUCCAACGUCUACGGCAGCUCGCGGCACGAAUCGGAGGAAGUCCGCGACUUGGCGAGCCAGAGGGGUCUCCUGCGGCAGGGCAUCAUACAGCGGACGGGCAAGCCGCUCCUGCCGUUCGCCAGCGGGCCGCCAACCGAGUGCAUGAGGGACGAGAACGAGAGUCCCAUUCCGUGCUUCCUCGCCGGAGACCACCGAGCCAACGAGCAGCUGGGUUUGACCGCCAUGCACACCGCGUGGUUCAGGGAGCACAACCGCAUCGCUACAGAGCUGCUGAGGCUGAACCCCCACUGGGACGGGGACACCAUCUACCACGAGGCCCGGAAGAUCGUCGGCGCCCAGAUGCAGCACAUCACCUACAGCCACUGGCUGCCCAAGAUCUUAGGUGAGGUUGGCAUGAAGAUGAUGGGGCCGUACGGGGGCUACGACCCCAACGUGAACGCCGGCGUCUUCAACGCGUUUGCCACCGCCGCGUUCCGCUUUGGCCACACCCUCAUCAACCCGAUCCUGUACAGGUUAGAUGAGGACUUCCAGCCGAUCCCGCAGGGCCACAUCUCGCUGCACCGGGCCUUCUUCUCGCCGUUCCGCAUCGUGAACGAGGGCGGCAUCGACCCGCUGCUUCGCGGGCUCUUCGGCGUCGCCGGUAAAAUGCGUGUCACCACGCAGCUUCUGAACACCGAGCUGACGGAGCGGUUGUUCUCCAUGGCCCACGCCGUGGCUCUGGACCUGGCCGCCAUGAAUGUACAGCGAGGGAGGGACCACGGCAUCCCGCCGUAUAACGACUACAGGACCUUCUGUAACCUGACGUCUGCUCGGACCUUUGAUGACCUGAAGAACGAGAUUAAGAAUCCGUCGGUCAGAGAGAAGCUGCAGAGGCUGUACGGCACGCCUCUGAACAUCGACCUGUUCCCCGCCCUCAUGGCUGAAGAUCUGGUCCCCGGCAGCAGGCUGGGCCCCACCCUCAUGUGUCUCCUCACCACUCAGUUCAAACGCGUGCGUGACGGCGACAGGUUCUGGUACGAGAACCCCGGCGUGUUCACGCCUGCCCAGCUGACCCAGCUGAAGCAGGCGUCCCUCGCCCGGGUGCUGUGCGAUAACGGCGACAACAUCACGCGCGUACAGCGCGACGUGUUCAGGGUGGCCGAGCUGCCUCACGGCUACAUCAGCUGUGACGACGUCCCUCAGAUCGACCUGCGCAUGUGGCAGGACUGCUGCGAAGACUGCAGAACUAAGGGCCAGUUCAACGCCCUGUCGUACCACUUCAGGGGACGCCGGUCAGCUGAGCACAGCUACAAAGAGUACAAACCUGCCAGCAGCUCCCAGGAGAACAGCUCAGUGGAGGAGACCCCGGGCAGUCUGGGAAAUGUCUCUGCGACUUCCAGGAAGAGCACUGAGCCCUCCAUCAACGACUUCCAGGAUUUUGUCUCCGACAUGCAGAAGACCAUCACCAGCUUACGAAAGCAGAUUAAAAGACUUGAAGCCCGUUUGAGCACCACUGACUGCACUGACAGCGAAGGCCGCGAGCGAGCGGACGGCGAGCGGUGGAAAAAGGACCCGUGCGCCACAUGUGAAUGCAGAGACGCCCAGGUGACCUGCUUCGUGGAGUCCUGCCCAGCGACCGAGUGCAAACGGCCCGUCAAGCUAAAAGGCAGUUGCUGCCCGGUGUGCCUCGAGCAGCUGACGGCGCCCGCCCGCCGCCCGUAACGACCCUCAGGACCCCCGCAAACACGCCCUCUGGCGUCUGAACGUCACACGCUCGCAAUCAGACGCACGGAGAGGACAUGAGACUCGUGAAAUCGCGCGGCUCCACCGCCGCCAACGACCUCGACAGACCCAACAGCCUCGUCUCAGUUUUUCGUUUUCUUCGACCCGGGGAGGGAUUUUAUUUUGUUUCCUGUUUGUUGCACCCAGCGGCGCCAGGCUCGCUUCGAAAUCCUCCGGCGACGAGCCGCUGUCACUACGUGGAUUUAUUUCUGACCCGCCGGAUGGACGAGCGGGCGUGAGACGGGCCGGCCUCUCCUUCCUCCCUGCGCCCAGGCUCCCGAAGAGCCGCGACCAGCUGCCGUUUGCCGUCCUGCUCCUCCCGCUCGACGAUAAAUUGCAGGACAGGGAAGUAGAUGGAAAGGCGGUCGCCAUUUUCUUGUCUCACACAAUAUUCUCAGGUUAGAGAUGCCGAAAACUGGUGCUACCCCCCGAUUUUAUCACAGUUUAAUCACUAAACCUUCAAAGUAUUUUGUUGUAUAUGCAAAGCAGCCUAUAUACACUCAGUAUGUCCUUAAUGCUACAUCACAGUUGAGACGACUGUUGUACUUAUGAGUAGAGUUACUGCAUCUUUAACCCGCGGUGCUUUUUAUCAUGUUAUUCUCUUCUUUUCCCUUUUUGUAUAAAUUGUUGCAUAUGAAGAAAAUGUGAAGCCCUACAAAAAAAAUGUCUACUGAUCUCUGCUCGUCGGUCCACUGACGACUCCCUCGCUGUGUGUGCCGGACGCUCGGCCGGCUCUCGCUCCGGCGCCUUUGAAAGAAACCCUGUUUGUACCACUGUGUUCACGUGCCGCGGACUUUAUUCCAGUAUUUUCCUCAGUGUUUUAAAGCCAAAAGUAUGAUUUUAUGAGUUUAUGUUUGAAUGUUGUCCUGGUUCAGUAUUCUCACUUUGACCUGCUCAUGUUCGGACCGGUGCUUCUGCAGUCGUGGGAAGAUGAGCUCAGUAAUUUCAAUGAAACAAAUAUUUGACUGGAUCUGAACAAGUUUUAGCACAAAGGCUUAAAGCCACACAAACCAGUGUCUGUUUAUUAAGUAGCUGAAACGAUGCUUACCUGCCAGAAACACUCAGCCACAGUCGUGUGCGCUAAUAUCAAAUAUAAACAAUUCGAUUCUCAUCAGGUGUCUAAAUGAGGUUAACACAACCUGUUAUCAUCUAUCCUGCAGACGCUAAUGCAAAAUGCAGAAACAACGUGAUAAACCGAGUCCACUCUUAAUGCUUCUGCAGGAGUCAGCGUCAGCGAGGAGCUGCCAAUCAGAUGCAUUGAUUAAUUAAUCAUCAUCAUCAUCACCAGCGCCUCUAUAAAAGCAGGAGCUGUGUCAGUUUGCAGGUCUGGAUCUUCACAGCAGUGGACGUCCUAGAAAAUUCACCGUGAGGUCAGACCCAAGAGUUCCGGCUCAAACUCAGCUAGCAUGUGAAAGGUUAAAGGUCACGACAAGCAGUAGAAGACAGAACAAGCGUGGGUCGUUUGGAAGCUGAACAGAGGGCAGAUGUUUGUCCACCAACCUAAUAGCUGGACCAUGAACUCCAAAGAUGCUGAAACCUCACAGUGGAGAGACCGACUGAGGCGGUCACACAGGAAACUUCCAGUGCUCCUCCAUGAAUCACAGGCUGGACUCGCAUACACGCCGUCUGCAUGAAUAAUGAAUUAAUGUGUCGCUUAUUCCAGGUCGUAUUUACCUCAUUUUACAGACUUUAUUUUGCCCUGAUAUGUAAAACAGAGAAACUUUCCUUUCUCUUGAUUACAGUUAUAAAGCUGCACAUUUAAAGGUCAGCGUGACAAACAACGAGCAGCUGAAAUAUAACAGAAAUGGCUGCUGUCCAUAACAGACUUAGUGCUCUAAUAAGUAGCAGAAUAUUGCUGCCAGUUUGUGCAUUUAUGGACAGUUUGGCUAAAAGGUGUUUAGAUCCAGUUUAAAAGAAUAAAGUGAGAGGUGCUGGGGGGGCGGGGUCACAGCCUGCGGCUCCGCUGGCGCCGACGACACCGUUGGAGGACUGCGAGCAGCUCUGCUCUGCAGCUCUCUCGGUCCAACGACACGCUUGCAUUCCUUUGUCCAGCAGCCCCCCUCCUCGCUCUCCCCCCCCCCCCGUUGGGUGUUUAUAUAGGUUAGGAAUGCUCUGAGAUAUGGAGGAUGACGCCAUGUAGCCGAGCAUGUGUGGCGCGGGCCUCUGACCCUCAUUCCUUCAUAAUUGAAGCCAUAUGAGAGAGGAAGUGAUGUUGGGGGAGGGGCGCUCAGGGUCGGGGGGGCUGUUUGUCAGACCGAUUUACCGCCUUUCACACGUACUGUACUCCUCGUACUCUCCGUGCACUGACACAAUUCCCGAUCUCGUCUUCCUAUUUUCCUCCGAUUGUGUCAGAGCGUGUGCAGUUUUCCUUUCCUGUGUUUUCUUCUUCAGUGGUAACAUCCUGCGAGCUGAGGGGCUGAUCGGUGACAGUAAAGAUGUCAGAGCACCCACAGUCACACUGGUAAACAGUAUCACCUCAUACUGGACGAACUGUGUUUACAGUGGUGUCUCCUUCUCCUGCAGCACCAUGUUACUGUGUGUUCGUGUCCCCGUGUCUCGGUCACAGCUACUAGCUUUGGCUCGCGCCCCGAAGCUCUGUGAGCUCUUUGCGUUACCCGUCUGUGUGUGUUGAUAGAUGUGUGUAUUUGUGAGUCCCUCUUUUUAUUUCCCCUUGAAAAGGUUCCCAGUGUCAGUGGAGCGCACUGCCCUGCAGUACUGAACGUGUGUUACCUACACUGUCCUAACCAGCGGUCAUUGUGGACAACCUAGUGCCUGUCAUGACAGUUGUAUUGUACCUUUGCCAAAGAAUGGUUUGCACUGUAAUGUAUGCCUCUCAACAGUAAUAAUAAAUAAAAAAGCCACAUUUGAAUUACA